AUGAAUGUAAAAGAGGGGGGAACAAUGUCGGCUUCUGGUCCCAUAAGCAACUAUUAUGUAGAUUCCUUGAUUAGUCAUGAAAGCGAAGAACUGUUGGCAUCAAGGUUCCCAGCUACUGGCUCUCACCCUGCAGCAGCUAGACCUUCAGGACUAGUACCGGAGUGCGCAGAUUUUCCAUCCUGCAGCUUUGCCCCCAAACCGGCCGUUUUUACUACUUCGUGGGCUCCCGUGCAUUCCCAGUCGUCCGUGGUCUACCACCCGUACACCCACCAGCCUCACAUUGGAACUGACACCAGAUAUAUGCGCACUUGGCUGGAGCCUAUCUCCGGCGCUGUCUCUUUCCCAGGUUUUCCAGCCAGCAGCCGGCACUACGGGCUUAAGCCCGACGCCUUCCACGGCCGCAGGGACUGCGGACCGGUGGAUGGACGUAGUUAUCCGGAUUAUAUGUACGGAUCCCCGGGAGAUCUCAGGGACAGAACCCCGCAGACUAUUCCCUCCCCGGAAUCUGAGGCCAUCGCUUCCAACAAACACAAAGAAGAAAAGACCGAAUUGGACCCUAGUAAGUCGAAGUCAUUCUUGUUUACAACCGGGAGGGCAUUACAGCCCUCCUGCGCAGUACUCAAUAAAAAGAAAUUACCUUGCUGUUUAGAAUUCUUGGCAUCCUUGCCUUGAAAACUCCAACUGGACAGGCUUAAAAACCUGACUUAGAAGAUCAUAAGGGCAGCUUGUAGUUUGUUUGGUUUAGGGGAAAGAGGGGCGGGAGGAGAAGGGAGUUGGGGGGGAUCUCUUCUGUGGUGAUGGUGAUGAUGAUCGUUAUUAUUUUGUUUCCUCACUUUGGAGAAUCCACUUGUUUGAUAAAAUAUUCAUAACCUCUCCCAUGCCCUCCCUUCUUUGCCCUCCCUCGUUCGUACUUUUCGAGGAACGGGGUCUGGCUAGCGAAAGAGUUUGGGCAUGUGCGAGGGGAAAAUAGCAUGGAUAUGCAUUUAUUUAUUUUUUCAAAGGGAGGUCGGUAGGCAUGAUUCAUAAAAUCUUUGCAUCAAGGCAAAAGAACAUGCCCUGGCUGGUAGUGGUGGGAGAGAAGUAGAAAAUGAGUGCAGAUUAUGAAAAGCAAAAGAUUUGGACUAUAAGAAGUGCAAAUAACCAGCUAUAAUUUAAUAAAUGGAGGAGGGGGAUCUUUAGAAAGAACAGUGGACCACGUACAUUUUUUUUUGGUGAGGGUUAUACAGUUCAACGUGCUGGGGAAAGGAGUAAAAGAAUAAACGCCCUUGAACACUGACAAAAGAGCAGAUCUAGGGGAACCCAAGGUUUUGUGCAUUGCUAGUUUAAAAAGUAAUAAUUCUUCUGCACAGUAAAAUGUUCACUUCCUAGUGGCCAUAUGCCAUCUAAGUGUGGGUGAUUGUUUCUGGGCAAUGAGGAGUCAAGGCACAGCAUGCAAAAUAUAUGCCAGGAAUUAAUACCUAUUUGUGUGUAUAUUCUGGAUGUCUCUGUGUGCCUUUUUGUGUUCCAUAUACACAGAGACGCUCACAUGUACACACAGCACAAUAUCUACCCAUGCCAGGUGUUUACAAAGCCUUCAGGCCUAACAAUCUGAUCAAAUGCUGGUACAGUUUAAUCCUGGUAACUUCUGUGUCUUUGUGCCAUGUCAGCACAGAGGCAGAAGUAUGUGCGCUUUGUGUGUGCAUAUGUGUGUAUACACACACAUACACAGUGCUAUGGAGGGAAUGUAGCUAAGGAAGUUGUUUAAGUAGCCUUGAAUCAGGAGCAUAUUUGCUGAGUCCAAAUCUCACAAAAAGAGGAAGUCUAAGUUAUGACUUCCCCCUAACAACGAUGGAAGGAGGUUUAGUAUAAAAUAAGGUGCUUUGGGAUUGAGAGGGGGAAAUAUUUUUCUUGGACUCAGUAGACUUAUCCUGGGGCAUUCUCAAGAUAUUAAAAAAAUGCCAGCAGUUCCAUCAGUGGGAAGGUUAUAGAGAGGGGAUUGGAGAGUAAUGGUUGUAAACAGAGUUUAUGGGCCUGUGAAGUGGUGUGAAUUUUGACUCUUUAUGACUGUGUUCUUGGAUUACUCCUACUAGUGUUCAUGUGCAGGAGUAUAGUGUUAUUGUUAUUAUUAAACUCAUUGCUCCAGUUUUUCUUUUAAACUGCAACAUGCUGGAGACAAUGAUCGCUUAGCUGAAAACAGUAUAACAGUCAGAAGCAGGAUGCAAAGUUGUUCCACCAGAAAUCAUUGAGAACUGUCUCAUUGCCGUUAACGUUGAUGUGCAGUGCACCUUCACGUUCUAUAAAAGAAUACACACGCCCUUAAACUAUCCUGAAGGUCACUUCAGAUUUGAUCGGAUCACGCUGCCAAACAGAGGGGACUUUUUAAAAAACAAAACAAACCCCCGGAAGAAGAAUAAAUGGAUGGACCUGGAUCUGUGGGGUCCACCAAUUUCAGUUAAUGAUAUAUAUUUACACAUACACACAAACAUAUGUUUAAACUGCCGAACUGUUUCUUUUCCAGACAACCCCGUGGCAAAUUGGAUUCAUGCGCGUUCUACAAGGAAGAAAAGAUGUCCCUACACGAAGUAUCAAACGCUGGAAUUGGAAAAGGAGUUUUUGUUCAAUAUGUACCUAACACGGGACCGCCGUUAUGAAGUGGCCAGGGUUCUUAAUCUCACGGAGCGUCAGGUCAAAAUCUGGUUUCAGAACAGGCGAAUGAAAAUGAAGAAAAUGAACAAGGAGAAAACCGAUACUAGUAAAGACCAGCAGCAGUGA